AGCCUACCCGCCAAACACAUCCUUAACCUCCAGUCCUCGCUUCUGUAAACAUCCCCAAAUCUCUAAAAUAUAGGGUUAGGGUUUUCGAUUUCAACCCCCAAAUCGCCAUCGCUCUCAAAGAUCACUCAAAUUAGGGCUAAUUGUUUCCCCCCAUUCAAAAAUGCGAGCUCUCCAAGAAGCUCCCUCGCAAGCCGGAUUCCCAAUUCCACUCACCCAGGCCCCAAAUUCAACCCUAGGCGUCGGCGUUUCAGGAUCCCGAUUCUACAGCUGGCUCGGCGAGUGCCAUGGGUUCUUCCACAAUGUGGCUCUGAUCGUGCCCUCCCUUCUCUUCGUCCUGUACUUGGCGUUUCAAUCGAAAAAAAGCUUCUCGAAGCUCUCCCAUGGCCGCUCUUAUAUCAUGAUUGCGUACUACGGGUGCCUCUGGCUUGUUAGCUUGCUCAACCUUGCUUGGUGCUGUUUUCAGGCAUGGGAGUGCAGUCCUGGAAAACAACUAACAUGGAAUGUCUUAUCUUUGUUCACAACCUCCGGGAUGCUAUUUUUGGAAGUAAGCUUGCUGUCAUUUUUGCUUCAAGGGAAUUAUGCAAGUGGGAGGGAAGCUUUGGCACGGACUUUUGUCAUCUCAGGGAUCCUUGUUGUUUUGGAUAUACUUCUCAAGGCAAUUUAUCUAUUUGGAUUUGGCAUUCCAUUGUUCAUUGACAAUAAUGACCAUGCACAUCGAACGAAGUGGGACUUGUGGGUUGUCCACAGGCUAGUGAUUGCUGCAAUUUACAGCUUUAUAUUGUUCAUGUACCAUUCCAAGUGGAGAGAGAGGUUACCGGCAAGACCUGCAUUCUACAAGUAUACCGCUAUCAUGUUUACGUUAAACGUACUAGCACUGUUUGCUUGCUUGCUUACUGGAAAUGGGGCUGGAUUUGGAUUCUGGCUAUAUGGUGCUACUAUUGUCUGUUAUCACGCCUUUUAUCUUCCGCUUUUGUAUGUAACAUUUCUGGCAGACUUCUUCCAGGAGGAAGAUUUACAUUUGGAGAAUGUGUACUAUUCAGAGAUGAAAGAUGCUGGUUUCUUUGACGCUGAUUGGGAGUGACACACUAACCUCCAUAUCGACGGUGGUCAUGGUUCUCCGGGAAUUCUAGAACGUAGUCACAAGAGGAUCCGAUCAUCACAUUUGCUGUAUAUAGAAGUCCAUAUGUUACUGGAUACCAAAAUACUUCAAUGUACUGUAUCCUUUAGGUGUUUGUAUGAUGCCAUUGUGUCGUGUUGCUUUUGCCAGUCACAAAAUAAUGAAAGUUGUCUUUCUGAGA